UGAUGACGGUUGUAUUCAAUGGUCUUAUGGAACUACAAAUGAACCUGGUUUUAAUACUGGUACUAGUAUUCAUAAAUCGGUAUGUUUUACUUACCACAAGAAUCCAUCUGCACCUGAAAAUGUACUUGAAACUUGCAAACAACCAUUAGGGACAAAUGGUGAUAAUAUUUAUUACAGUGGUAUUAUUCGUUGUCCUGAUGAGGGAUGUUUUGUUAAAAAAUGA